AUGGAGCUCCUUACUUUCCUCUCGUGCCUCCUAGCGGGUCUAAUGGUCUUUCUGCUUAGCUACACUAGCCGAGCCCGUGCUCAAGCGACAAUGCACCAGGUCGGCGACCCUGCUGUGGCCCACCGAGCGCUCAUCGAGAACGCCGACGACUUCUCAAACCGGCCGGCGGCGAUCUUCCCCGUCUCCCUCGCCAUCUGGCCCAAUGGCGAGCGGAACGACAGCAUAACCACGACCAGCUACGGCCCGCACUGGCGUGCCCUCCGGUGCAACCUCACCGCCGAGAUCCUCUCGCGCCUCGGUUCCCUCGAGCCGCUGCAGCAGGAGGCCGUUCGUGCCCUCGUCGCAGACGUUUCCACCGCCGCAGGAGGCCAGGUGACCAUCGCUGGGCCCAUCACCGCUGCCGUAUUCACGCUGGCCUCGCGCAUGUGCUUCGGCGACAAUGUGGACGACGACUGUAUCCGCACCAUGGGACAGGUCGCACGGGACGCCAUCGUCGCCGCCGAGGAGCUCAGCCCCAGGUUCAAUGGCUCGACGCUAUCCAAGCUCGCCAACUGGAGGGGGUUUCGCCGGAUCUCCGGCCUGGUCGACCGGCAGGCCGAGCUGUACCUCCCUCUGAUCGCGGCACGGAGGAAGUCGCGGUCUCCGCUCUGCGGUGGCGGCGUUGUCCGCCCUUACGUCGACUCGCUUCUUGACCUCCGUGUUCCGGAGGACGGUGGUGCCGGCCACCGCGCGCUCCGAGAUGGCGAGCUGGUGGGCCUUGUGUUCGAGUUCCUUGGGUCGUUAUCGGGGUCAACCUCAGCCUGUGUCGAGUGGACCCUCGCCCACCUCGUCGACCAGCCGGAGGUCCAGCGCAAGCUGCGCUGCGAGAUCGACGAGGUAGAGGUACUCUCCAGCAAGAGCAUUCGCAGCAUGCCGUACCUGAACGCGGUUGUGCUCGAGAGCCUCCGCAUGCACCCGCCGGUGCCGUACAUCUUAGACAAGAAGACGUGGACAUACCCCGAUGAGUUCCGGCCGGAGCGUUUCCUUGCCGGAGGCGAGGCGGAGGACGUCGGCGCGGCGCCAGGCCCCAAGGAGAUCAGGAUGAUGCCGUUCGGAGCGGGGCAUAGGCACUGCCCAGGCAUGAGUAUGGGGAUGCUACACAUCAAGCAUUUCGUGGCCGCGCUCGUCCGAGAGUUUGAGUGGGCGCCAUCGGCGGAAGACUGCCGCGGCGGCGUCGAUAUGACGGAGCAGAACGGGUUCAUAAAACGGAUGAAGAAACCACUCUAUGCGCGCAUCAUGCGGCGCAAGUAA